AUGUCCGUGGCCACGUCAGACGCUGCUAGACAUCAGCUCAGUCCUGCCGUAUCUUCAAGCGUUCCAAAGUUCGAAGCCAUACUUGGGAAGAAAGCAGUAUCGGUCAAAGAAGCCGUUCGGGCGCAAUUCUCGAAAGACGAAGGCCACUUCUUCGAUCGGUGGAAGGCAUUCCAUGCACAUUCAAGUAGUGAUGCCUCCGUUCACUACGCAUUAGUCCCAGAAGAGAAGUACGCGGCGAUCCAGGAGCUGACGCUUCUCUAUGCGGCAUGUGUGCAACGUCAGCCAGUGGAACAAAUGCCGUUCGAUAUG